GAGGUGGCGCUUCUGUGGAAAGUGACAGUGAAUAGCCAUGUGAACGCAGCCUAAUGUGUCAUGACUACAGCCAGGAAACUACGAUGAGCGGAGCUUCAGCAGCACAUUAACUUGACUGGACUGUAUUUAUUCUGCCGUCCUUGUGUGUAACACUUUUUAAUUUAUUCCCUGAAAAAGCGUAAAGCUUUAAAAAGUCGGUUGUAUACAUUUAGCCACAGUUUGGAGGUACGUUGGCGCUCAGAACUGACAUCCGCGCUAGAAGAUUCUCGGCGUUUUUUACGCAGUGACCGGUCAUCGCAGCACUUGGAACAAUUACUCACUCUUUUGCCGAGAACCGCUGCUCACUCUAGGUCACCGCGAGUGUCUCUCUCUCUGUCUCUGUCUCUCUGUGUGUGACAAUGCUACAGAAUGGAAACGGGAAGGAGCGAGCGCCGAAGGCUGAGCCAGAGCCGGACUCUCCAACCGCCGCUGCCGCCGCUGAAAAAGAACCGCAGUCUGACGUUCCCACAGUUGACGAGGAAGACCCGGACUCUGAGCCCACUCACUUCCCCAUGCCUGUUCAUCCCAAACUGGAAAUUAAGCGUAACGCAGUGACGGACGAUUAUAAAAUUUCAAGUCAAGUUCUGGGUUUAGGGAUCAACGGCAAAGUACUGGAGUGCUUCAAUAAGAAGACAGGACAGAAGUGCGCACUGAAGAUUCUGUACGACAGUCCUAAAGCGAGGCGGGAAGUGGAGCUUCACUGGCGAGUCUCAGUCGGACCUUACAUCGUCAAAAUCCUGAACCUCUAUGAAAACAUGCAUCAUGGGAAGAAAUGCCUGCUAAUCAUCAUGGAAUGCAUGGAGGGAGGAGAGCUGUUCAGUCGAAUCCAGGCCAGAGGAGACCAGGCCUUCACUGAGAAAGAGGCAUCUGAGAUUAUGAGGGACAUCGGCACAGCCAUUAAAUUUCUCCACGACAUGAACAUCGCCCACAGAGACAUCAAGCCAGAGAACCUGCUGUACACCACGAAAGAAAGAAACGCCAUUCUCAAACUGACAGACUUUGGCUUUGCCAAAGAGACCACGUUACACAACCCUCUGCAGACGCCCUGCUAUACCCCCUACUACGUGGCCCCCGAAGUUUUGGGUCCAGAAAAAUAUGACAUGUCAUGUGACAUGUGGUCCCUAGGUGUCAUCACCUACAUCUUGUUGUGUGGCUUUCCGCCAUUUUACUCCAACACGGGUCAGGCUAUUUCACCGGGAAUGAAGAGGAGAAUCCGAAUGGGCCAGUAUGAGUUUCCCAAACCAGAGUGGUCUGAAGUGUCACAUGAAGCCAAAGAUCUGAUUCACCAGUUACUGAAGACUGACCCUAAUCAGAGAAUGACCAUCGCCCAGUUCAUGAACCACCCCUGGAUUAAUCAAUCCAUAGUGGUUCCUUCAACCCCACUUCACACUACCCGAGUCCUGACUGAAGACAGAGAGAUGUGGGAGGAUGUCAAGGAAGAAAUGACCAGUGCUUUGGCUACCAUGCGUGUGGACUACGACCAAGUAAAGAUUAAGGAUCUGGACACCUCCAGUAACCCCUUACUCAACAAGAGGCGUAAGAAGGCAGCGGCUGGGUCCAAGAGCAGCUCCACCGUGUGCCAAAGUCAAUGAGACGCAAGAAAAGACGAGCAAUGCUGAAGAUUGUGAUUUUUGCAGGAUUUUAAUUUUUUUAUCUGGACACGAGAGACUGAAUGGUCAAGGGAGUGUUCUCUAAUAUCAGGGAACUGCAUUAGAACGAGAGCAACUGUAAAUCUAAAGGACGUGUCAUGACUUAAUAUUCUCUGCUGCUCAACCAUAGUUGUUAGUAUAGUUUUCCCACUGCAGGCCUGUUUGUUUUUAAUUAUUAUUAAUGUGUUGUCUGUUUCAGAGCAGGGCUGUAGAUAUUAUCAAAUAUUUGUGGUCAACGUCUGUGUUUUAUUUUCCUGAAAUGUCAGUUUGAUAUUUAACUUUUGUAGCAAUGUGACAGGCAGACUGACAGACAAUAAUAUACUGGGAGGCCUUCAUGACACUCACAUCCACUAUAAGAAUCUUGAAAGUUCUGGAUCAUCAAAACAGCACGACAUGUUUUUAAAAAUGUUGAUGUCAAACCUUAGUAUUUUUAUUUGCAAAAAAAAAAAAACAUUCACUGAGCCUGUGUGCCUUGAGUUUUGUGGAUUCUCCAUAGACUAUCUAAGAAAUGGAUGAAGACCUUUAUUUUCACAAUGAAGUCACAUGCUAAGGCCUUGAGUUGAGCCUUGUUCAUUUGAAGUGAAUUCGUUGUCAUCUACGAUCAAUCUGUUGUUAAUUUUUUCUAAAACCUAUUACACCUUUCAAACUAAA